GUACUCAUAAAAGUACACUCGUAAUAUCAAGGAUUAGUGCUAUGGUUUGUAUAAAUAUCUGCCCCAGUACUAGUACUACUAGUACAGUUGCUUAAGGCUGCAAAACUCUCUUCUUGACCUCUCCCUCCAGCUUCACCCCUGGUCCUUAGGACUGCUCACCGAAAUGGCUUCCUGAUCUGCUCGGUGCCAAUCUAACAAAGCAAGCUUAAGUUUCUACUUAAUCACUUCCACAUCUUUGCUCUAGCUAAUCGUCGAUCAGCCGAGCAUGGCUACCGUGAACAACUGGCUGGGCUUCUCCCUCUCCCCGCAGGAGCUCCCGUCCUCCGCCGCUGCCGCCGCCGGCGACGUCUCCGGCGCCGACGUCUGCUUCAACAUCCCGCAAGAUUGGGGCAUGAGGGGAUCGGAGCUGUCGGCGCUGGUGGCGGAGCCGAAGCUGGAGGACUUCCUCGGCGGCAUCUCUUCCUACUCUGACCAUCACAAGGCAGCCAGAAGCAACAACAUGAACAUCAAUGGCGCCGCCGCCUGCUACGCGAGCUCCGGCAGCAGCGGCUACCAGCUUUACCACGACCACCCCAACUCCCUCCAGUUCGCCGACUCUGUCAUGGUCGCUUCCUCCGCUGGCGGCGUCCACAAUGAACAUGGCAUCAUGGCAAGCACCACUGCCAAUGGUGCAGGCACCAAUGGCGGCAUCGGGCUGUCCAUGAUCAAGAGCUGGCUGCGGAGCCAGCCGGCGCCGGCGCAGCAGGAGCAGCAGAGGGCGGAGGGGCUGUCGCUGUCCAUGAACAUGCCGCUCCUGCAGGCGGCGGCGGCGGAGACUAGCUUGUCCACGUCGGCAGCGCAGCAGGGAUCUCGGAAGGAGAAUAAUGGCAGCAGUAGUGCUGGUUCUGGAGCCGUGGUGUCAGCCGGUACUACCAGCGCCGGCGCGGUGGUGGUGGAGUCGCCGGCAGCGGGGAGGAAGACCGCCGACACGUUCGGGCAGCGGACUUCGAUCUACCGCGGCGUCACCAGGCAUAGAUGGACAGGGAGGUAUGAGGCUCACCUGUGGGACAACAGCUGCAGAAGAGAAGGACAAACUCGCAAGGGUCGUCAAGUUUAUCUAGGUGGUUAUGACAAAGAGGAGAAAGCUGCAAGAGCUUAUGAUUUGGCUGCUCUCAAGUAUUGGGGCCCCACCACGACGACAAAUUUUCCAGUAGAUAACUACGAGAAGGAGCUGGAGGAGAUGAAGCACAUGACAAGGCAGGAGUUUGUGGCGUCUCUCCGAAGGAAGAGCAGUGGUUUUUCAAGAGGUGCAUCCAUUUAUCGUGGAGUAACUAGGCACCACCAACAUGGGAGAUGGCAAGCAAGGAUAGGGAGAGUUGCAGGGAACAAGGAUCUCUACUUGGGCACUUUCAGCACGCAGGAGGAGGCGGCGGAGGCGUACGACAUCGCGGCGAUCAAGUUCCGGGGGCUGAACGCCGUCACUAACUUCGACAUGUCCCGCUACGACGUCAAGAGCAUCCUCGACAGCACCGCCGCGCUGCCUGUCGGCGGCACCAAGCGCCUCAGGGACGCGGCUGCCGCCGAUCAGCACUACCAGCAGCGCGCCGGGGGCGUCGUCAGCUACGCCGCGCCGCAGCUCGGUGGUGUCAACGAGACCGCCCUUGCCUAUGGCGCGCCCUACUACCACCACCAAACCUCCGCCGCAGCGUGGCCGACCAUCGCGUUCCAGGCGGCGCCGCAAGCGUCGUCGGGGCACGGGCACAUGCUGUACCACCCGUACGGGCAGCCAUUGAUGCGCGGGUGGUGCAAGCAAGAGCAGGAGCAAGGGCAAGGGCAGCAGGAGCCGGACCACGCGGUGAUCGCGGCCGCGCACAGCCUGCAGGACCUCCACCACCUCAACCUCGGCGCCGGUGCGCACGACUUCUUCUCCCAGCAUGCCCACGCCAUGCACCAGCAGCAGCAGCAGCACGGCGGCCUCGGCAGCGUCGACAACAACGGCGCGGCGUCGCUGGAGCACAGCACUGGCUCCAACUCCGUCGUCUACAACGGGGCCGCUGCCGCCGGGGACACCAACAACAGCUACAUGCUGCCGCCCAUGAGCGCUGCAGCAGCAGCUGGCUUCGGCCUCCGCGAUCAGCAGGACGAAGGCGGGAAGAUGGCGUACGAGAACUUCCUCCUCGGCGCCGCCACCGACGGCUACUGUGGCCCUGGAAGGAUGGCGGCCACCUGGACACCGGUGUCGGUUUCGGCGGCCCAGCCAGUGGCGGCAACGAGCAGCGGCAGCGACAUGGCCGGUGCCGUCUGCCAUGGCGGCGCGCAGCUCUUCAGCGUCUGGAACGACGACAGUUAGUUGGAUCGACCGCCUUUAGGCCAGUCAAAGUUAAGAAGGCACCACUGACAUUGAUAGCAUAGCACUUAUUUAGGGUUCUUGAGAACAUCGGCCAUUAAGCUGUUAUUGUCAUGUCCUAUUAUUAGUAUUACUACUUAGUAGCAAGCUUAGCUAGUUGGGAGGAUGUUCUUCUGAAGGAAGGGAAUGGUUUGUGACUAUGAGAGCUACCAUUGUUUUGGGGGUUCAAGUUCAGAAGGAUAUAUACAUUUGCCUGAUCAUUAACUAGUUAAUUACAUGGUUAAUUUA